CUUCCCCUCCCCCCUCCCCCAGCCGCCUUGUGCAAAGAUGGCUGCACCGUGAGCGCAGAGGAGGAGGAGGCGGCGGCGGCGGCGAGAGAGCGAGCACCCAGCGCCUGCACCCACCCCGGGGCCGCCCGGGACGCCCCCUCCCGAGCGCGCGCCCCCCUUUUUCUCUCGCAAGCGCCGGGGCAAAGGCGGAGACAGCGGGGUCCCUCCACCCCCCUUCCCUCCUCUAGGGGGAACCCCCCUUCCCCCUUCCUUGGCUCAGCGACUGCACCCCCUCCCUUGCCCGCCCCUCCGCCCCUGCCCCCUCCCUCCCCCGCCCGGGGCCUUCCCGGGCCUUCGGCGGCUGCAAAGAAAAAAAGAGAGAGAGAAAAGGGGGGAAAAAAAAAAGCAGCAGCGGAGGGAGCGGCGGCGGAGGAGAGCGCGCGCGCCCCCUCCCUCCCUCCCUCCCUCCCUCCCCCUCCCCCCAAUUUCCACCGCGGCCAAUUCAUGGACAGGAACUACCCCAGCGCCGGCUUCGGGGACCCGCUCGGCGCCGGGGCGGGAUGGAGUUACGAGAGGUCAGCGAAAGCUAGCUUGGUUUAUGGCAGCUCCAGGACCUCGCACCCCGAGACGGACAUCUUACACCGCCAGGCCUACGCGGCCCCCCACCCACUGCAAAGCUAUGCCACCAACCACCACCCGGCAGGUCUUUCUGGACUCUUCGACACUGGCCUCCACCACGCGGGCUCAGCAGGGCCCGACGCCUCCGUCAUGAACCUCAUCUCAGCCCUGGAAUCCCGGGGCCCCCAGCCUGGCCCCUCCGCCUCCUCUCUCCUCUCCCAGUUCCGCAGUCCUUCCUGGCAAACCGGUAAGCCCAGCGCCGGCCCUGCAGGGCCAGGGUGGGGCUGGCUUGCUGUCCGCUCUGACCCGCGGUCUUCCUCAUCUCCAGCCAUGCACACGCCAGGCCCCACGGAGCUCUUCAUCUCGGGCGCCCUGCCGGGUUCCAGCACCUUUCCGUCCUCCUCUGCCCUGUCGGCUUACCAACACCCGGCUUCCUUCGGCAGCCGCCCCUUCCCAGUGCCCUCGUCCCUCAGCCUCCAGGACCCCCCAUUCAGCCCUCCAGCUAAUGGGCUCCUGUCUCCUCAUGACGUGCUGCACCUGAAGCCCUCGCAGGCACCCACGGUGCCCUCUUCACUGGGCUUUGAGCGCCUGGCAGGAGGCGGUGUCUUGGGGCCAGCUGGUCUCGGUCCAGCCCAGACCCCCCCUUACCGCCCUGGCCCCCCAGACCCCCCACCACCACCUCGCCACCUCCCAACUCAGUUCAACCUGCUGGCUUCCUCUUCUGCUGCCGCCGCUGCUGCUGAGCAGUCCUCCCCACAGCUCUAUAACUUCUCGGGUGCUGCCCCGGGCCCACCGCCGCCUGAGCGGGCCCUGCCCCGCCAGGACACAGUCAUCAAGCACUACCAGCGGCCAGCCAGUGCCCAGCCCCCACCACCCCCGCCACCAGCCCAUGCCCUCCAGCACUAUCUGAGCUGUGGAGGCAGCUACCCCUCCAUGGGCCACCGGGCCAACCUGGCCUGCAGCCCCCUGGGUGGUGGGGAGCCCUCCCCGGGUGCUGGGGAGCCUAGCAAGGCUGGUCCCAGCGGAGCCACAGCGGGGGCAUCUGGCCGGGCCACAGGCCCUGAGGCAGCGGGGGGUGGUGGGGCUGGGGGUGGUGGCGGAGGUUACCGCCCCAUCAUUCAGUCGCCUGGGUACAAGACGGGCAAAGGUGGUUAUGGAGCAGCUGCCGGGGGUGCCACCAGGCCCCCCCCACCCCGUUCGACCGCUACCCCCAAAUGCCAGAGCCUGGGUGGACCGGCAGCCGCCUAUGCCACUGGGAAGGCCUCUGGGGCUGGAGGGGCAGGGGGCCAGGCUUAUUCCCCUGGUCAGCCUCAGGGGCUUCUGGGACCCCAGGCCUAUGGGCAAGGGUUUGGAGCAGGGCAGGCACAGGACUUGAGCAAAGGCCCCAGCUACUCAGGGGGUCCUCCACAGCCCCCCAGCGGCCCUCCUCCUCCUGGCCUGGCCACAUGUCAGAGCUACUCCCCAGACCAGCUGCAGGGGCAGCUGUAUGGGGUGCAGGGCGAGCCAUACCCAGGGCCAGCCGCCCACUCCCAGGGGCUGCCCACAGCCAGCCCCUCACUCAGCUACAGUACCGGCCAUUCCCCAGCGCUCUCGGGCCAUGGGGGUGGCUGGGGACCCAGCUCCUUGGGAGGUGGUGGUGAGGCCAGCCCAUCUCACAUCAUUCGUCCGCUCCAGUCACCGCCUGCCACAGGCCGCCCGCCUGGAGUCGGUUCUCCAGGAGCUCCUGGCAAAUACCUGAGCUCAGUCUUGGCCUCAGCCCCUUUCCUGGCACCUCCGGGAGCUGGCAGCUAUGCAGCCGGAGCCGGUGGCUACAAGGGCAAGGGGGAUGGCUCGGAGCUGCUGGCGGGCCCAGGUGGGCCUCCUGCGGAGCGCACAGAGGAUGAGGAGUUCCUCAUCCAGCAUCUCUUGCAGGCGCCCAGCCCUCCUCGGACCUCAGGGGCAGACGGCUUGGUGGGCGAGGACGGGGCAGCAGAUGCCUCUAAGGGACUUGGGGGGAGUGGCGGGGCCGGGGGACCGCCGGGUACACCCUACGAGUUGGCCAAGGAAGACCCCCAGAGGUACCACCUGCAGAGCGUCAUCCGCACCAGUGCCAGCCUGGAUGAGGGUGCCACUGCGGCACUGGAGCUGGGCCUGGGGAGGCUGAAGGAGAAGAAGAAAGGGCCAGAGCGGGGUGGCGAGACCCCUGAGGGGCUGGCCACCUCCGUUGUCCACUAUGGGGCAGGUGCCAAGGAGCUGGGGGCCUUCUUGCAAAAGAGCCCACCACCCCCACCUCCCACGGCCCAGUCCACCCAGCCCACUCCCCAUGGCCUCCUUCUGGAGGCUGGGGGCCCUGACCUCCCACUGGUGCUGCCUCCGCCUCCUCCCCAGCUGCUCCCCUCGGUCCUCAGCCAUGCCCCCAGUCCCUCUGCCAGCGCCUCCAAAGUCGGCGUCCACCUCCUUGAGCCAGCCACCCGCGAUGGGGCACCCCAGCCACCUCCACCGCCACCCCCGCCUCCACCACCCAUGCCCCUGCAGCUCGAGGCCCACCUCCGCAGCCACGGCCUGGAGCCCGCGGCCCCCAGCCCCCGCCUGCGACCCGAGGAGAGCCUGGAACCGCCAGGCGCCAUGCAGGAAUUGCUCGGGGCUCUGGAGCCGCUGCCCCCGGCCCCUGGGGACACCGGUGUAGGCCCGCCAAACUCGGAAGGCAAGGAUCCCUCAGGUGCCUACCGCAGCCCCAGCCCGCAAGGCACCAAGGCGCCGCGCUUCGUGCCGCUCACCUCCAUCUGCUUCCCUGACUCCUUGCUCCAAGACGAGGAGCGCAGCUUCUUCCCUACCAUGGAGGAGAUGUUCGGUGGAGGGGCCGCGGAUGACUACGGCAAGGCUGGGCCACCCGAGGACGAGGGGGACCCCAAGGCGGGCGCUGGGCCACCCCCCGGCCCCCCUGCGUAUGAUCCCUAUGGGCCCUACUGUCCUGGCCGGGCGUCGGGAGCCGGGCCCGAGACACCAGGCCUGGGCCUGGACCCCAACAAGCCCCCUGAACUGCCCUCCACGGUCAACGCGGAGCCACUGGGCCUGAUCCAGAGCGGCCCCCAUCAGGCGGCGCCACCACCUCCGCCUCCGCCACCACCGCCUCCCGCGCCGGCCUCCGAGCCCAAGGGUGGCCUCACCUCGCCCAUCUUCUGCUCUACCAAGCCAAAGAAGCUGCUCAAGACAUCCUCCUUCCACCUGCUGCGGCGCCGCGACCCACCCUUCCAGACCCCUAAGAAGCUGUACGCCCAGGAGUACGAAUUCGAGGCGGACGAGGACAAGGCUGAUGUGCCCGCCGACAUCCGCCUCAACCCCCGGCGCCUGCCCGACCUGGUUUCCAGCUGCCGCUCCCGCCCGGCCCUCUCGCCACUGGGGGACAUCGACUUCUGCCCACCCAACCCGGGACCAGAUGGCCCCCGGCGCCGUGGCCGCAAACCCACGAAGGCGAAGCGUGAUGGGCCGCCCCGGCCCCGGGGGAGGCCCCGGAUCCGCCCUCUGGAGGUCCCCACCACUGUGGGGCCUGCCUCGGCUUCCACGCCCACCGAUGGCGCCAAGAAACCCCGGGGCCGGGGCCGAGGCCGGGGUCGAAAGGCUGAGGAGGCAGGGGGCACCCGGUUGGAGCCCCUGAAGCCACUUAAGAUCAAGCUGUCAGUGCCCAAGGCUGGCGAGGGUCUGGGAGCCUCAUCGGGUGAUGCCAUAUCAGGCACUGACCACAACAGCCUGGACUCGAGCCUGACUCGGGAGAAGAUCGAGGCCAAGAUCAAGGAGGUGGAGGAGAAGCAGCCGGAGAUGAAGUCGGGUUUCAUGGCCUCCUUCUUGGACUUCCUCAAGUCAGGCAAGCGCCACCCACCACUCUACCAGGCGGGCCUGACACCUCCGCUCAGCCCUCCAAAGAGCGUGCCACCCUCUGUGCCGGUCCGAGGCCUGCAGCCCCAGCCCCCUGCCACCCCCGCUGUGCCACAUCCCCCACCUUCCGGAGCCUUCGGGCUUGGGGGCGCCCUGGAGGCUGCAGAGAGUGAGGGACUGGGGCUGGGCUGCCCUUCACCCUGCAAGCGACUGGAUGAGGAGCUGAAGCGGAACCUUGAGACGCUGCCCUCCUUCUCCUCGGACGAGGAAGACUCUGUCGCCAAGAACCGAGACCUGCAGGAGAGCAUCUCCUCGGCCAUCUCUGCCCUCGAUGACCCACCCCUUGCUGGGCCAAAGGACACCUCCACCCCAGAUGGGCCGCCCUUGGCCCCCGCAGCUGCAGUUCCAGGGCCACCCCCUCUUCCGGGGCUCCCCAGUGCCAACGGCAGUGGCACUCCUGAGCCCCCACUGCUGGAGGAGAAACCCCCACCCACUCCACCUCCUGCCCCGACUCCUCAGCCUCAGCCUCCACCACCCCCUCCGCCGCCACAGCCAGCCCUGCCCUCGCCGCCCCCGCUGGUGGCCCCUACGCCCAGCUCACCACCGCCACCACCGCUGCCGCCACCACCUCCACCAGCUAUGCCCUCGCCUCCACCGCCACCCACACCAGCCGCUGCCCCACCCGCUGCCCCUCCUGAGGAGCCCGCCGCCCCGUCCCCUGAAGACCCCGAGCUGCCGGACACACGGCCCCUGCAUCUGGCCAAGAAGCAGGAGACAGCGGCCGUGUGUGGGGAGACGGACGAGGAGGCCGGCGAGAGUGGUGGAGAGGGCAUCUUCCGGGAGCGGGACGAGUUCGUCAUCCGCGCCGAGGACAUCCCUUCCCUUAAGGUGAGUCCCAGCCUUCUCCAAAAACUGGGCCUGAUGGGUUUGGUCACCUGUUUGUUGAGCGCCUGCUGGAUGACAGGAUUGUAUUGGGACCUGCAGAUCCAGUCAUGGCCUGGCUGCCCUGGAAUUCACAGUCCGAUGGGGCUGAUAGAGGUGUCAAGGACCUGCGGGCCUCAGAGGUUUUAUUUGCGUUUGUGUCUACACAUGCAUUACUUAUAUGUAAGGUAAAGCGAUUGUUAACGUGUAUGUGUCUAUACAUGCAUUACUUGCAUAUAAGGUAAAGCGAUUGUGAACGUUUAUGCAGAUACCCUACUGUGGGUGGUAGAGGACCAGUACUGUACAAGCAGAUGCGGCUCUGGCCCUAGGGAGCUUCUAGUCUAAUGGAACGAGCCAGAGAGACAGGCUACUUUGCCAUUUAAGGCACAAUGGUGGAAAUGUGAGUCACUGACAUAGACUACCUGCAGGUAACCUGUAAAUGUAAUCGUGAAUUCAGCCGGACGCGGCGGCUUACACCUGUAAUCUCAGCACUUUGGGAGUUUGAGACCAGCCUAGCCACAUAUUGAAACCUUUUCUCUCAAACAAAAAAAGUGAAUCAUUUGGGAAUGCUCACUGUGUGUC